GUUUUGUGGGGAGUGCCUGCAGCCCUGCCUCCAGGUGCCAUCCCCCCUCUGCCCGCUCUGCCGCAUGCCCUUCGACCCCAAGAAGGUGGAGAAGGCCUCCAGCGUGGAGAAACAGCUCUCGUCCUACAAGGCUCCCUGCAGAGGCUGCAGCAAGAAGGUGACCCUGGCCAAAAUGCGCUCCCACGUCUCGUCCUGUGCCAAGGUGCAGGAGCAGAUGGCCAACUGCCCCAAGUUCGUUCCGGUGGUCCCCACGUCCCAGCCCAUCCCCAGCAACAUCCCCAACCGCUCGACGUUCGUGUGCCCCUACUGUGGGGCCAGGAACCUGGACCAGCAGGAGCUGGUGAAGCACUGCAUGGAGAACCACCGUAAUGACCCUAACAAAGUGGUGUGCCCAGUCUGCUCAGCCAUGCCCUGGGGUGACCCCAGCUACAAAAGUGCCAACUUCCUCCAGCACCUCCUCCACAGGCACAAGUUCUCCUACGACACCUUCGUGGACUACAACAUCGACGAGGAGGCAGCUCUGCAGGCUGCCCUGGCACUGUCUCUCUCCGAGAACUGA